AUCUGAGCCUUAGUUGCACAGCUGUUGAUGUGGGCAAUAAACUUUGGAUUGCUGCUUCCACAUGACUGUUAUUCGAUGUUGCAGGGGGAGCUGCAACUGCCUAAAUCAGUUUAGUGUGGUGAAGGAUCACACUAAGCUUCCUAACAGUAACCUUUGCCGGGAAGAUUCCCAUCAGUCAAUCGUAUCCUCUGCGGCCACGCUACUUACCUCUGUUGAAUCAGCUGAAAACAAGAAAAAGGAAUUUCUCCAAAUGCCAGAAGUGACUAAACAGAAUCUUUCUCUUAAGUUAUCCAAGGAAGUGGAUCGAGGGGAGGCACGAUGUCCUCGUGUAAACCAGCUAGCCAUCAGCCCAUCUGUAGAAUGGCCUUUCACAACCAUGGAGGAAGGUGGCGGUCUAGAAUCUUUGCCCUUCCGUCUGAUGAUGCAAGACUGCACAGCAGUAAAAACAAUGCUGUUGAAAAUGAAGAGGGUUCUCCAAGAGAGCACAGAUAUGAGUCCUGCCACCAGUACCAACUCACUUCCUGUUAGCCCGCUUACCGAAGAACCGCUGCUAUUUAAGGAUAUAAUGAAAGAUGAAUGCUUGACUCUGAAACUGCAACUAAAAGAGAAAGAUGAACUCAUUUCCCAACUUCGUGAAGAGCUGGAAAAUGCUCGGCAUUUACAAAGUGUGCUUGUCUCUCAAGUAGAUAAAUCCACCCAGACUGAAGUUGUAGGCCAUGAUGCUACAUACCUAAACAAAAUGGUGAGCCAAACUCUCAACACAAAGGACAAAAGAUCAGUACAUACACCCACAGAGGACCAUUUUAAGUAUUCAUCAGGCAACCAAACCACUUCCUGUGAUAACAAAAGCUGCCAGUUGUCAAGUGUCUGUCUCGGCAACCUCCUGAAGGAAAAAGAAAUAGUGGAAGCUAUCAAGCAUACAAGAGACUCUUAUGAAGCCCUCUCUUCUGAAGUUAACCACAAUGGCUUAGCAGGAGUCAUGCAAAGCAUAUCAAAAUCAACAGCCAAGGCUGAUAAUGGCACCAUUUUUCCUGGUACUCCAAAAGAUCAACCUCGACAACACUCUACUUUCAUAGGAAGGCUUGGGCAGCCCCCAAGAGGACCAAUUUCUUUGCACAUGUACAGCAGGAAAAACGUGUUCCUUCACCACAAUCUUCACACAUCUGAACUUCAGACUUUAGGCCAGCAAGAUGGGUAAAUAGAAUCAGCACAUAUUUAUUCAGGUGGACAAUUGAACUGACUUUGAUUCUUCUCAGCUGCUGCUACCCAUUUGUUUUACUUUUUAUAACAGUUGUUUCUGAAAUUGGAGCUGUUCCUGUAAAAUAAAGACAAGGACUUGGGUGGGGGAAGGAUAGGGGAGCUAGCAUGUUAACUUUAAUGAGUAAUUGAAAUGGGCUUUUUUCCAGAAUUCUCCAGAUUGUAAAUUCCAAAUUUAGUGAAGUUGAUGAUAUAACUGCCUUUUCCUAUUGAAUGGAUGGGACAUCUUGACUGAACAUCCAGAAGAGAUCCAACAUUCUAUUUUUACUUUUGCUGACCAUCACUUGAUUACCUACAAUUUCUGAAGAAUAUAUCAAAGAGCACUUCUGUUCUUUUAAUAAUGUUAAUGUGGAUGUAAAUGUGAGGAAUGAAUAGAAAUAGUAACAAUGUCAUGGUUCCGAUAGAUGAAUCUCUUCAAAAGAACUUUGAGGCAUUGUUUUCCUUAAAGAAUCUUUUAUUGGAGAAACAAAGUAUUGGCACUACAUAGUUGAAGCCAAAAACUGAAUUCC